AUGGAGGCAACCCUGUUAGACCAUUGGAAGAGCAUGCCGAUCGAGAACUAUGACGGGUCCACUAACCCCGAGGAGCACUUGAACGUUUUCCUGACACAAGCGACCCUCUCUACUCAAGAUGACUCGGCCUUGUGUCGGAUAUUCCCCACAUCGUUGAAAGGAAGGGCUCUGAGCUGGUUCACGCCAUUGCCGAGAGCUUCCAUUGACUCGUUUAGCGAGUUGUCGUCCCAAUUCGCUCUUCAGUUCACGACGAGCAAACCGUACAGGACAACCUCACUAGCAUUGGCGGGGGUUUGUCAGGAGAAGAAGGAAAGUUUGAGAAGCUUCAUGGAACGAUUCAAUAAGAUCGCCAUGGAGAUCGGCGACCUUAACCCAGCCGUGGCAAUGGAUCGGCUGAGCACUGCCCUCAGGCCGGGGCCAUUUAUGAAUAGCUUGUGUAAGAAACCGCCCGGUGAUAUGAACGAUCUCCGACGUCGAGCCGAGAAGUACAUGCAAAUGGAAGAAUUGGCAAAGACUAGAAAUCAGGCCAGAGCCGAGGAUGGGUAUGGACGAAAAGAACCGAGUCGAGACCCAAUGAGAAAGGCGAAUGCCGAGCCCUCAAAUAGAAAGGCAAAUGCCGAGCCCUCAAAUGCUCGUCCCCCGAGAGGACCACGUUACACAAUGUAUACAAGACAUUUUUAA